AUGCGUCACUACGUUCACUUCAAUUCAGAAUCGUUUGAGGUUUACGAACGUGUAAUUGGUCCAUGCAAUGACUUGCAGGGGCUGGCCGAAGUGUCAAGUCAGUGUUUUCAUCCUCCCAGAGAAGUCUGGUACCAAUUUAUCGACCCCGGAGAGAUGAAAGGCAUGGGUGCAAACUCAUCGUCUCAGCUCGAACGUGAAAUAAACGGGGAACCGCAUUCGGGAAAUGAACAUUAUUAUGGAUUAGUAAACUUCGGCAACACAUGUUACUGCAAUUCCGUCAUUCAAGCUUUAUAUUUUUGUCGGCCGUUUCGUGAGAAAAUACUCCAAUACAAGCAACAACUUAAGAAGACAGGUAGUCAAAAAGAGAAUCUGGUUACUUGCCUUGCCGAUCUUUUCCAUAAUAUUGCAACACAAAAGCGUCGAGUUGGUACGAUCGCCCCGAAACGGUUCAUCACGAAGUUGAAAAAAGAGAAUGAACUUUUCGACAACUAUAUGCAGCAAGACGCUCACGAGUUCUUAAAUUAUCUACUGAAUACAGUAUCUGAGACGCUCAUUGAAGAGAAAAAUGCCGAGAGAGAGCGCUUGUUGAGAAAUGGCACGUUACGUAAGGGCACUUUGGGGACUGAACGAGGGCGAGACGAGGCCAGCGGGUCGUCAUCAAAAACUGAUACUACAUGGAUUCACGAAAUUUUUCAAGGAACUCUCACGAAUGAAACCCGAUGUUUAUGUUGUGAAACUGUGUCAAGCAAAGACGAAGAUUUCCUUGAUUUGUCUGUUGAUAUAGAUCAAAAUGCUUCAAUUACUCACUGUUUGCGAGUAUUUAGUGAAACGGAAACAUUGUGUGGAGAUCAGAAAUAUUUCUGCGAAACAUGUUCGUCUAAACAAGAAGCUCAGAAACGAAUGCGUAUAAAACGGUUGCCGCAUAUGUUAGCGUUGCACUUGAAGCGCUUUAAAUAUAUGGAUCAACUUAGUCGUUACACGAAACUAUCGUAUCGCGUCUUGUUCCCGCUUGAGUUACGGCUUUUUAAUGUGAGUGAUGACGCAUCAAAUGGCGACCGCCUCUAUGACUUGAUUGCGGCAGUUGUGCACUGUGGAGCGACACCAAAUCGUGGUCACUACAUAACAAUAGUAAAAAGCAAUUCAUUUUGGUUGCUGUUUGAUGACGACAUAGUUGAUAAAAUGGAUAUCUCUUCUAUGGAGGAUUUCUUCGGACUCUCUGAUGGCGGCUUGCAGAAAAAUUCCGAAUCAGCCUACAUUCUGUUCUACCAAGCUCGAGAUUGCCCGGAUUUAUUGAAAACGAGCGGCUCAGCCAUCUCGAAUCACGCCUCUAUUUAA